AUUCCUACUCCCUGGAUUUGCAGCAAGAAGCAGAUGGUCACAGUUUCACCAUGGGCUGCAAUAUUUCUAACAGGGUCGCUGUCGCACAGCUGUCUUCUGAGGAGCUACAGAACAACCAGGAAGCCAAAAGCCAGACUAAAAAUGACAGCAUUGCUGGAACAGAGGCUGUCCCCUCACAGGAUGGGGCAGCUUGGCCAAGGGGCACUUCAGAGGAUGGAGACAAACUUGAAGAUGAGACCAGUGAGGCAGACUCCCAUGAGGAAAGAUUUACAUCUUCUCAGAAAAGCAGCAAUGCACAAAGCACAGAUGCGCUGCUCACCAGCAAGUUUGUCAGUAAAUCGUGGCCCUUACAGGAAACAGAGAGGCAAAAACCAUCAGACAUUCUUGAGGAGCUGAGGAUGCAGGGAAUAAUCAAGAGCCCAAGUACUACUGCCAGGACCGCAGAAAUGUAUGAAAACAAGAGAGACGCCCUGGAAAAGACGCAGAAGAAGCCACCAGCUAUGCUGGAAAAAAUUCAGUUUGGAAACAAGAAAGCGGAUGAUUUUACAGCGAAGGACAAUGAAGACUUCUGCUGAAGCAAAAAAACAGGUCAUCUAAUUCUGCUGUGUACUUUUCCACUGUUUGCUUUAUCACCUAAACCCCUCUAAUUUUUAUAAAUCAAGCUAAUGCAUACAGUUUAUGUACAACCUACUACCAAAACCUGAUUAAUAUCAGCACAGGGGGUCCUAUAUUCAUUUCAUAGAUGCUGGAAGUCCAGGUUUAUUUUUCUGGAAAGCCUGGAAGAUUACUCUAAAAUAUGCAUAAGAGAAGAAACUUCUGGAACAGGUUUGUUGUUUUUUUUUCUCCUAUAGCAAAAGAUGCAUCUUCCACGACCACCAGAAUAAGUUGACUAAAUUCAGUGCUAACUGGAGUAACAUUCAGAUCACAUUUGGGUGGAAAGAUAGAAAGAACUGCUGUAUGUGUUUGACACAUAUCUACUUCCAUCCCUCAUUACAAAGCAUUGGGGUUUUCUGUUAUACGUUAGGGAAGAGGAACUGAAGAAAAUGCCGUAACAUAUCACAUUUUUUCCAGCAACUCUCCACCAAAUUACAGGUAAACAGACUGAAAAGGACUGCCCAAGUUUUGAAAGUCAAGGAGGUACAAACGCCCCUUAGCCCUCACCUUUCGAUGGCAAGCCAAGGGUACUGCUGAAGGAAAUAGCCACAGUAGAAGCCACAAACAAUUAUAGUGAGGACUCCGUCAUCGAGUCGGAUAACUUACAGCUGCA